CUUGUGAAUUGUCAAAAAAAACAAAAUUAUACAUAACCUUACGCCCAACAUUUCACAUUCAGUUACAGAAUCGAUACGCUCCUCUAAAGUUAAAAAUAUGUCUAAGCCUGUGGAUCUGGAAUUAAAAAAAGCGUUCGUGGAGUUGCAAGUCAAAAUGGUCGAGACUAGUAAGAAAAUACACGUAAUAGACAGCCAAAUCGGAGUAUUGAAAAGAGUUUUGCAUUAUGCAGAUGUCACUCAGCGAGAAAUCAGUACCUUACCACCUGAAACUAAAACUUACGAAUCGGUGGGAAGAAUGUUUCUUUUAACAGAUUUAGAUGAAAUUAAAAGUAAUCUAAAGAAUAGAAUAUCACUUUUAACAACACGUACUUCCGAUUUAGAGAACAAUAAACAGUAUUUAGAGAAAAAUCUCAGAGAAAGCGAAGACAACAUCAGAGAAAUGGUACAACAGCGAAAAGAACAAAAUGAAAUGAAGUCCACUUAAUAUUAUUAAAUUUUUUCUUCCUUUUAAGCUACUUGUAAUAGUAAUUAUCAAUAUCAUUUAAUGGAAUAAUCUUCGCUUUAUAUUAAAACUUUAAAAUAUUUGACAUGAACAUUUUUAAAGGUUUUCUAUAAAAUGACUAAUAACUUUAUAUAAUUGUAAUUUUAAGUUCUGGUGAUGUUAAAAUCUUAUAUUAUUCAUUAUUAUUUUAUCACCUCAUAAUAAAAUACAUUGCAUUAUGAAAAUGAUAUUUCAAUGGAAUUACU